GACAGGAAUCGAAACAAAAGAAAAAGUUCGGGAGGUGAGUGGGAGAAGGCAUACCAAGCUUUCCUUAUCAUCAAAAGAUGGCCUCCUCUUCUUCUCCCUCCUGACAUGGAAGCGGCGGUGCAUGUUUUCCAAGCAGUGACAACAGUGUAGAAUCAGCAGAAGACGGUGGGAAUAUACACCUGCCGUAUCAACCGGUCUCAAGACCUCAGCGAUCACUCUUCACCAUGGAUGUGAAACGAGUUCUCUUCAUGAGCAAAGGAGACGGAGAACAAAGCUACGCUCAGACCUCCACCUACACGCAAAAGGUUGCGUCUGUGACGAAGCCCAAGAUAGCGAGUACAGUUGGCUCUCUACUUGAGGAAGAUUUCUUUCCGUGCGAGCUUCUAAAUGUGGCCGAUUUAGGCUGCGCUUCGGGUCCUAGCACAGUAACUUUCAUGUCGACCGUUUUAGAGAGUGUGCAGAAGAAGUGUGCGCGCUUGAAUUGCCCCCAGCCUGAGUUCCAAUUUUAUCUUAAUGAUCUUCCCGGAAAUGAUUUCAACACAUUGUUCAAGAGCCUGUCGAGCUUCUCACAAAGCUAUGAAAGCUUAUCGUGCUUUAUAAUGGGAGUUCCGGGUUCUUUCCACGGAAGGCUCUUCCCUCGCAACUGUGUGCACCUUGCGCAUUCUUCCUAUAGUGUCCAUUGGUUAUCUCAGGCACCAAGUCUCAUGAGCGAAGAAGGCUUCCCGUUGAACAAGGGAAGGAUCUCCAUUUCGAAGGCUAGCCCGGACCUGGUGAAGAAGGCCUACUUAGAUCAGUUCCGAGCAGAUCUAUCGGCAUUUUUAAAGUCCCGCUGCGAAGAGAUGGUCGAUAAUGGUCGCCUGGUGUUGGUACUUCACGGGAGGAAAGAAGAGGACUUUGCGAGCCUGGACAGCCUCGACAUGUGGGGAAAACUUGGAGAGGCAAUUGCUGAUUUGGUUUCAGAGGGGCUCGUCGAGGAGGAGAAACUAGAUACCUUAAAUGUGCCAUACUACAUGGCAUCUUCAGAGGAAGUUCAAGGCACGGUCGAUGAAGAAGGGUCCUUCCAGAUCGAACACAUGGAGAUGUUCGAGGUCGACGCCGGAGGAACCGCACCAGAUGAGGAUCCUCGUAGCAGGGGAAGGAAGACGGCUAAACAUGCCAGAUCCUACACGGGUUCCGUAAUCUCCCACCAUCUCGGCGAGGAGGUCAUGGACAAGCUCUACGGCGAAAAGCUUCCCAUUAUCCUAGGUGAUGAUUUGGCUAAGGGAAGGAGGAUGGGAGUCAGCAUAAUUGUUGUGCUCAAAAAGCAUGUCCCUUGAAUUAGUAAUUCCAAGUGUCAUCUGAAAGGACCCUUUUUGUUUCAAGUGUUAUCCGGAAGGAUUCCUUUUUGUUAUUGCAUUAGGCUGAUUUCAUUAAGGUGCUUAUGAUUUAAUAA